AUGUCAUUAAACAGAUUAGCCAACACAUGUGCCCACCUUCAAAACUGUUCAAGGGUGAGAACUACCUUGACCUCUAUUCCAUACACUCAACUACAACUCCAAUUUGCAUACACAUUAUACAAGCAAGGUUUCAUUUCCUCGUUACAGAAGGGUAGUACCAAUGGUCCUGACACCUCGUAUGUGGAGGUCACUCCGGAUAAUAUCUCAUCCAGGAGGCUUUGGAUCGGUUUGAAAUAUAGAGAUAAUAAACCUGUGUUGAGUUCUUGUCAAUUGAUAUCAAAACCUAAAUUGAGGAUUACAUUGCAAGUAAGGGAAAUGAAACUUAUUUGUUCAGGGAAAUCAGUUAGACAAAUUAAACCUUUACAACCUGGUGAAUUGAUGCUGGUUCGUACACAGGGAACCGUUAUGGACAUUAAUGAAGCUAUUUCAAGAAAUUUUGGUGGGGAAAUUCUAUGCAGGAUAAAAUGA